AUGCGUACAACACUGAUGGGCGUCUAUCUGCUACUCCUGCUCCUUCUGCCUUUCACUUCUCUCAGUCAGAGACAGAACUACAAUGCAGUAACAAAUGAGAAUGAGGAGGUGCGCGAUAAGAUGUUUGUUGAUGUCUUGAGUCGCUUUGGAAUUGAAAGCGCUCAACUCUCACCAAAACAGCGCCUUGAGCCACGGGGAGUGCGCACCAUGCGUCCUUUGUCAUCAAGCCCUAAACAAGCAAUGCAGGGCUCGCGUUUUGCACUUUCCCUUGAUGUACCCACCACAAUUUUAAGUGUCUUGAUAGACAUGGCCAAAGAGCAUGACAUGCGGGCCAAGGCUGCAGCCAAUGCCGAGCUCAUGGCACGCAUUGGUAAAAGGAAAUAG